AGGGGGGGGACACCUCCAGUCUGUCCUCCCUGCUCACAGGCGCCCUCUACCGGCCACAGAGCGCGCGCGCACACCCCGCUGCUCUCCAUGGAGCUGCCGGACCACUCAAUCCACGCGUAAUUCCGGAAUCAGGACUCACUCACACAUUCCUCCUCCAAGUGUUGUGGAGCAAGGAGCCGGCAAGGAGCAGCCGUGUGUCGGCGACAGUGUCCUCUCACACACACAGCACGCCAAGGGACGGAGGACAAGGGGAGAAGAAGAGGUUGGACACUCCUAAAAAAGUAAUAGGUAUAGCGUUCAAGUUGCGGUGAAAGACAGAAGAGUUGCCAGUUAACCCCGCGGUUAGCUCGGGGUUAACGCUAUACGACGGCUGCUGUCGACAUGGAUAAAGUUAUCUAUUGCUUGUUUGCUGCGAUAACCUUGCUGUUGUCUGCAAGAGGGGAAGUUUUUAAAGGCGAUUGUAACUUUGAGAAGCCGCUGGCAGCGUGUGGGUACAGCCAAGGCAGAGACGAUGACCUUGACUGGGAGCAGACCAAUACCAGAGAGAAGCCUUCAUCCGAUCCGUGGCUGCCCUCAGGUUCAGCCUUCAUGAUGAUGAACACGUCAGGACGCUUUGCAGGGCAGAAGGCCUUACUGCUGACGCCGCAGCUGAGGGAGAAUGACACCCACUGCGUUACUUUCCACUACUACAUAGGAGGCAGAGACAACAGCCACCCAGGUCACCUGAACGUCUAUAUCAAAGAGAACAACAGUCCCAUGGGAAUGCCUGUUUGGAACGUAUCCGGUCCAGCCACUCGCUCUUGGGGACAGGUAGAACUGGCCAUCAGCACCUACUGGCCCAACUUCUACCAGAUUGUGUUUGAAGCCGUAACCUCAGGGCAGCGUGGCUUGCUGGCCAUCAAAGACGUCGUGGUCCAGGGCCACCAGUGCAUGAACACACCUCACUUCCUCACUAUAAAGGGAGUGGAGGUCAACGCUGGACAGACCGCAUCGUUUCACUGCACCGUCAAUGGACGCAAAAGGGACAAUUUCCGCCUCUGGCUUCAGGGCAUCGGUGGACGGGAGGCCCCGAUGAAAGCCACUAAACCUUGGAACAACCGGCGCUUCAUAGGCACUUUCGAUGUGGAGAACACGACCAAGGGCGACUCGGGCCGCUACCGCUGCAUCGUCCACUCAGACAAAGGGGUUGGAGUGUCCAAUUAUGGGGAACUAACCAUAAAACAGCCCCCAGUGCCAAUUGCACCGCCCCAGCUGACGGCUGUUGGUGCCACUUACCUGUGGAUCCAGCUGAACGCCAACUCCAUCAAUGGGGACGGCCCGAUCAUUGACAGGGAGGUGGAAUACCGCACUGUGUCUGGCACCAUGUACGACCUGCAGCCCGUAGACAAGACCACACACAAGAUCGGCCACCUGGAUCCCGAUACAGAGUACGAGAUCAGUGUUCUGCUGACCAGACCCCUGGAGGGAGGCACCGGAGCCCCCGGACCCCCUCUGAGGGCCAGGACCAGAUGUGCUGAGCCCAUGCACGGCCCACAAAGGCUGGAAGUGGUGGACAUCCAAUCCAAGCAAGUGACGGUGCGCUGGGAGCCUCUGGGCUACAAUGUGACCCGCUGCUACAGCUACAACCUGACCGUCCAGUACCGGUCCAGAGUGGCCGGCAAGGAGGAGACCCGCGAGGAGGUGUGUUACGACACUCAGAGCCGCGAUCCUCAGCACACCAUCCACAACUUGACGCCCUUCACCAACCUCAGUGUCAAGCUGGUGCUACGCAAUCCAGAGGGGGUCAAGGAGAGCACAGAGCUGGAGGUUCAGACUGAUGAGGAUGUGCCAAGUGCUGUUCCUCUGGAGUCCAUUCAGGGCAGUGCCUAUGAGGAGAAGAUCAUCCUGAAGUGGAGAGAACCAGCGCAGACCUACGGGAUCAUCACUCAGUUCGAGAUCUCCUACAAGGCGGUGAGCUCCUUUGACCCUGAGCUGGACCUCUCCAACCAGAGUGGGAAGGUAGUGAAGUUGGGCAACGAGACCACCCACAUGUUCACAGGCCUCUACCCGGGCUCGACGUACUCCUUCACCCUGCGCGCCAGUACAGCCAAGGGCUACGGCCCCCCUAUCAUCACCCAGUUCACCACCAAGAUUUCAGCUCCUUCCAUGCCGGCGUACGACCAGGAGACCUCUCUGAACCAAACAGACAGCACAGUCACUGUACUGCUUAAACCUGCCCAAAGCAGAGGUGCACCUGUGAGUGCGUACCAGGUGGUGGUGGAGGAGGAACGUCCACGCAGAGCACGAGGCACAGCAGAAAUCCUGCGCUGCUACCCAGUUCCCAUUCACUUCCAGAACGCCACGCUCCUAAACUCCCAGUACUACUUCACGGCUCAGUUCCCAGCCGGCGGCAUCCACUCGCCACAGCCCUUCACCGUGGGGGACAACAAGACCUACAAUGGCUACUGGAACGCCCCUCUGCUGCCUCAGAAAAGCUACAGCAUCUAUUACCAGGCUGUCAGCACAGCCAACGGGGAGACCAAAAUCGACUGUGUUCGAGUAGCCACCAAAGCCGCCAUACUCGUGACUCAGCUCACAACCCCCUACAUCCGCAUCGCCCCAGCGGCCGGUGACAACCAACUAACAGGAGCAGCCACUCACAAACCCGACGCGGUGGAGCCAGAGAAACAAACGGACCACACGGUGAAGAUCGCCGGGGUCAUCGCUGGCAUCCUCCUGUUCGUCAUCAUCUUCUUAGGAGUGGUACUCCUCAUGAAGAAAAGAAGAACCUAUCACUCCUACACUUACUACCUGAAAUUGGCCAAGAAGCGCAAGGAGACACUGAACAGCACCCGCCAGGAAAUGACAGUGAUGGUCAACUCCAUGGACAAGAGCUACACGGAGCAGGGCACCAACUGUGACGAGGCGCUGUCCUUCAUGGACACACACAACCACACGCUGAACACCCGCAGCGAGUGCGCGCUCACACUCAACGGCCGCAGCGAGUGCGCGCUCACGCUCAACGGCCGCAGCGAGUGUGCCCUCACACUCAACGGCCGCAGCGAGUGUGCCCUCACUCUCAACGGGCGAGCUGGAUCAUCACCUGCUUCCUUCACACUGCCUAAAGCCAACACUCUCAGUACUUCCAUCCCCACCAACGCCUACUACCCAGAUCCCUUUGUGCCAACUGCUAUCUUAGUGCCCAUUAAUGAUGAGAGCCAGAACAUGGGCAGUGACACCAGCAGCCUGGUGCAGUCGCACACUCACUCGCUGAGGAAGCGGGAGCCGGUCGAUGUGCCGUACCAGACGGGUCAGCUGCACCCGGCGAUCCGCGUGGCAGACCUCCUCCAGCACAUCACCCAGAUGAAGUGCGCCGAGGGCUACGGCUUCAAGGAGGAGUACGAGAUAAACGAGAGCUUUUUUGAAGGACAGUCUGCGCCAUGGGACUCUGCCAAGAAGGAUGAGAACCGCAUGAAGAACCGAUAUGGGAAUAUUAUUGCAUAUGAUCACUCCCGUGUCAGGCUGCAGGCCCUGGAGGGGGAACAGAGCUCCGAUUACAUUAAUGCAAAUUACGUUGAUGGCUAUCACAGGCCAAAUCACUACAUCGCCACUCAAGGCCCCAUGCAGGAGACGGUCUUCGACUUCUGGAGGAUGGUCUGGCAGGAGAAUACAGCAGCUAUCGUCAUGGUGACAAACCUGGUGGAAGUGGGCAGGGUGAAGUGCUGUAAGUACUGGCCCGACGACACUGAGAUCUACAGAGACAUCAAGGUGACGCUGAUAGAGACUGAGCUGCUGUCAGAGUACGUCAUCAGGACCUUUGCUGUAGAGAAGAGAGGGGCCCAUGAGAUCCGGGAGAUCCGACAGUUUCACUUCACGGGGUGGCCGGACCACGGGGUGCCCUAUCACGCAACAGGCUUGCUGGGCUUUAUUAGGAGAGUCAAGUCCAAGACUCUGACCAAUGCUGGGCCCAUGGUGAUUCACUGCAGUGCCGGGGCGGGACGGACAGGCUGCUUCAUCGUCAUCGACAUCAUGCUGGACAUGGCGGAGAGAGAGGGUGUGGUGGACAUUUACAACUGCGUGAGGGAGCUGCGCUCGCGGCGGGUCAACAUGGUCCAGACUGAGGAGCAGUAUGUCUUCAUCCAUGAUGCCAUCUUGGAGGCAUGUCUCUGUGGCGACACCACCAUUCCCGCCAGUCAGCUCCGCUCCGUGUACUACGACAUGAACCGCCUGGACCCGCAGACCAACUCCAGCCCCAUCAAAGAGGAGUUCAGGACUCUGAAUAUGGUGACUCCCACGUUGCGGGUGGAGGACUGCAGCAUCGCCCUGCUGCCCAGGAACCACGAGAAGAACCGCUGCAUGGACGUCCUCCCUCCGGACCGCUGCCUCCCCUUCCUGAUCACCAUCGACGGGGAGAGCUCCAAUUACAUCAACGCUGCGCUCAUGGAUAGUUACAAGCAGCCGUCUGCAUUCAUAGUGACCCAGCACCCGCUGCCAAACACGGUGAAGGACUUCUGGAGAUUGGUGCUGGAUUACCACUGCACAUCCAUAGUGAUGCUCAACGACGUCGACCCAGCCCAGUUGUGCCCACAGUACUGGCCAGAAAACGGAGUCCACCGCCAUGGACCCAUCCAGGUGGAGUUCGUCUCUGCCGACCUGGAGGAGGACAUCAUCAGCAGGAUAUUUCGGAUCUACAAUGCAGCACGGCCUCAGGACGGCUACCGGAUGGUGCAGCAGUUCCAGUUCCUGGGCUGGCCCAUGUACAGAGACACGCCCAUGUCCAAACGCUCCUUCCUCAAGCUAAUCCGACAGGUGGACAAGUGGCAGGAGGAGUACGACGGAGGCGAGGGACGCACUGUGGUCCACUGUCUGAACGGAGGCGGCCGAAGUGGGACAUUCUGUGCCAUCAGCAUUGUGUGUGAGAUGCUUCAACACCAGCGCUCUGUGGACGUUUUCCACGCAGUCAAAACACUAAGGAACAAUAAACCCAACAUGGUGGACCUACUGGACCAGUACAAGUUUUGCUAUGAAGUGGCACUGGAGUACUUGAACUCUGGGUAACUCGGAGCUACCAAACCCACCAGAGACUUAAAGUUUGGGACAUUACAGAAGACUGCAGCUCACAUGUGUGCAUUGUGCUAAGUGUGUGUGUGUGUGUGUGUGUGUGUGUGUUACCGGCCCCACAGGAGCGAGGUACGCACACAACAUAAAACAUACAUGCAGCUCCUUUGACCAGCUCUCUUCUUCUUCUAGAUGGGGAAAGGUACCAGAGUUGUACAGUGUUAAAUAUCGCAGCCUGUUUCUGUCAGUACCGGCUAAGGAAGCCAGCAGGAGCACAAUGAGGGUUUAUUUUUCUUCUCCUCUGCAGUGAGUCGCCUCCUCUCUGGAUCCCUCUUUCUCUCUGCCUCUAUCUAUCAGCCGCCUGUAGUCCCGUGGUCGUUGCCUUGAUCCUCAUUUGGACGAUGAGCAUUAAAAUACUCUCCAGUUUUCUGUGGAAUGCGAUACACUGUACAUAAUGUUAAUGUGUUCAUUUUAUUCUCUCUGAUUUCAGUUUUUUGCUUAUUAAAAGUCAUUAAAUGCAGGAGCUCAAAGCCUAAAUGUUACUAAAUGUCCUGUAAAUUUAUGACUUCUAGAUGAUUAUUGCUUCAUACUGUGUGUUGGGGACAGCUGGCUCAGUCUACAUCUGCUUACCUUAUUUCCUGUACAGGGAUCCAAAGCUUUAUUUGCACUUCCAUUUGAAUUCUUGUUGUGCAUAUUGUACAUAGUUCUGUAGAUUAUUUAUUCACGGUAUGUACUUUUUUUGUGACUCGCAGUAAGUGACAAUCAUAUGUUCUAUAGGUUUGGUUUUAUUGACUGUAUUGUGUGCUCUUUUUUUUUUUUUUUUUUGGUCAUCUUGCGUGACGGAUCAGUUCCAUUGUAAAGAAAAAAGAUAUUAUAUAAAUGUAUCUACAAUAUAAA